GCCAGAGGUGCCAGCAUAUAGCUGCACUGCUGUUUGCCAUUCGAAGCAUCCAAAAGCCGUCUUGUACGAGUGUCCCGUGCAGAUGGAUGGCACCAACACAAGGACAAAACCAUUUGGUGACGAAACCCUUGGUGGACAUCACAUUUAAGAAGCAUGUGAUAAACAAGACUGUGCCCGUUAAAGCUAAGCGAGAGCUUCCUCCUCAUCUCAAAACAGCUGGGCAGUCCGGAUUGUUGCAGUUUAGGAGUGAGAUUGCCACACAUGCACCUGAGCUGGUGUGGAACCGCUACACAGAGAGGCCAGCACCACUGAGAAAUGUGAGCCCCAUUGCGGACACAGAGGACCUGAAUUCGCAGAAGUGCCUCAGAUUGUUCAAUGAAUAUUUCAACAAACAGAUGUCACUCACAACUACACAGAGGGCAGAUAUAUGUGCAAAAACAGUAGGCCAGAAUGAGAACCCUGCAUGGCUCACAGAAAGGACUGGCAGGCUCACUGCUUCAAAGUUCCGCAGGAUAUUGCACUGCCUGAAGCCAGAAGGGCUUGUUAAAGAAAUACUUUACCCUCGCAGAGAAACAAUGAAGAAUGGUGACCCCAGGCUCUACGGCAUACAUAAUGAACCAAAAGCGAUUGAAAAAUACGUAGACUCGAUGUGACUCUAUGACAAAGAUAUAGAUGUCAUGGAGACUGGGUUGCACAUUCAUGAACUGCAUUCUUUCAUUGCCGCAUCGCCCGAUCGCCUUGUGAGAGAUGGCAGUGAGGAUGGGCUUCUAGAAGUGAAGUGCCCCGCUUCGAAAGCUGGGCAAAGAGUCGUUGAUGCCUGCUCUGAUAAAGUCUUCUGCUCAGCGGUAACCAAUGGUGAGAUCACCCUCAAAAAAGACCAUUAUUAUUAUUAUCAAGUCCAAGGACAGAUGGGAGUCGCGAAGAAGCCAUGGUGCGACUUCAUUAUCUUCACCGACCAUGCUGACCUUCAACACUCCAUAUCAGUGGAGCGUAUACAUUUUGAUCAAGAAAUUUGGGAAGACAUCCUUCAGGGCCUGGUCUACUUCUAUAAGGCUGCUAUAAUUCCAGAACUGAUGACACGACG